AUGGACGAUCGCACUAAGGGCCUGGUGCUGGCGGUGACGUCGAGCGUGUUCAUCGGCGGCAGCUUCAUCGUCAAGAAGAAGGCCCUCCGCAUGUCCGCCGUCUCGGGUAUCAGAGCCGGCAUGGGAGGUCAUUCAUACCUCAAGGAGCCACUGUGGUGGGUCGGAAUGAUAUCCAUGGUGUUGGGAGAGUUUGCCAACUUUGCAGCGUACGCCUUUGCACCAGCCAUCCUCGUCACACCGCUGGGCGCGCUCAGCAUCAUAAUCAGCGCCAUACUAGCGCACAUGCUGCUGGACGAAAAGCUGCACGUGCUGGGGUGGCUGGGGGCGACGCUGUGUGUGGUGGGGUCCAUAGCCAUCGUGCUGCACGCCCCCCAGGAGAAGGACAUCGACAACGUCAAGCAGCUCUGGGCGCUCGCCACUGAACCAGCGUUUGUGAGCUACUCAGUGACGACGCUGGCAAUCAGUGUGUUCCUCAUCUUUGUGCUGGCGCCACGCUACGGCUCCACCAACGUCCUCGUCUACCUCGCCAUCUGCUCGCUGCUCGGCUCCAUCUCCGUGGCGAGCUGCAAGGCCCUAGGGAUUGCAGUGAAGCUGACCCUGUACGGAGACAACCAGCUCUUCUACCCUGAAACCGCCUUCUUCGCCGUCGCCCUCGCUGCCUGUGCUGUCACACAAAUCAACUACCUCAACAAGUCGCUAGACACGUUCAACACAGCAGUGGUGACGCCCAUAUACUACGUCAUGUUCACCACGCUCACCAUAGUGGCCUCUGUGAUAAUGUACAAGGACUGGGCGGGGCAGACAGGGGAGCAGGUGCUCAUGGAGUUCUGCGGCUUCCUCACCAUCCUCAUCGGCACCUACCUGCUCCAUGCCACAAAGGACUUUGCGGGAGACUCCUCCCGCCUGCACCUCUUCGACCCCUCUGCUCGUACGUGCUCUCCCUUCCCCUUCUCUCCUGUGUGCUCUCUCUUCCCCACGUCGUCCCUCACUAAAGUGCACCACCAUUUCACGCCUGCCAAGAACCCGACAGCCCUCAAGGGGCACAUAGGGCUGGGCACGAUGCCAUCUGGGGGCUCCAAGGAUGAUAAAGACGACCUUGACCCCGAGGCCAAACCGCUGCUGUGA